AUGGCUGACGCCGGGUCUGGGGAUGUCAAGAAGGUCGUAGUUGGUGGACCAAAACCUUCGAAGAAGGAUAAGAAGAGUAAAGCAGCCGCCGAAGAUGUUAGCUCUGGUCCCCUCGAGAUGACACCACCGCCUGAUUUCCUCAAGACACGCCUUGACUUGUUUGACCGUCUAAAGAAGAAGUAUGACGAGGACAUUGCCAAGAGACCGCGAGAACAGAUUACAAUCACCCUACCUGACGGCUCUGUCAAAAUUGGAACGAGCUGGGAGACCACACCUGGAGAGAUUGCGAAGGGUGUGUCGAAUAGUUUGUACAAGCGCUCUGUCGUCGCUAGAAUAGAUGGAGACAAACUAUGGGACUUGGAGAGGCCUCUGGAGCAAAGUUGCAAACUCGAAUUGUUAACCUUUGACGAUCCUAAGGGAAAGGAGGUAUUCUGGCACAGCUCGGCCCAUAUUCUUGGCGAGGCUUGCGAGAGGAGGUUCGGCUGUUCCUUAUGUAUCGGGCCCCCGAUCGAUGAUGGUUUCUACUAUGAGAUGGCCCUACCCGGUGGAGGUGCUGUCCAGACAAGCGACUGGACGCCUCUAGAGCGUAUCGUUGGAGAUAUUGUUAAAGAGCGUCAACGAUUCGAACGUCUUGAGAUGACCAAAGAUGAGCUGCUCGAAAUGUUCAGCUAUAACAAAUACAAGCAGCACAUAAUCUCCACCAAGAUUCCCGAUGGUACUUCUACUACAGUAUAUCGCAAUGGUCCUUUGAUCGAUCUUUGCCGUGGGCCGCAUGUGCCUGACACUGGCCGGAUCGAAGCAUUCUCCAUUAUGAAGAACUCGGCAUCAUACUUUCUAGGAUCUCAGGAGAACGAUUCCCUCCAACGUAUUUACGGUGUAUCCUUCCCGGAUAAGAAAAAGAUGGCAGAGCAUAAGAAAUUCCUAGAGGAAGCAGCCAAGAGAGAUCACCGAAAGCUCGGUAAAGAGCAAGAGCUCUUCAUGUUCCACGAACUCUCUCCCGGUUCGGCCUUCUUCUUGCCUCACGGUACAAGGAUCUACAAUACGCUUCUCGCAUACAUCCGAGAUCAGUACCAUAAACGUGAUUAUCAAGAAGUCAUUACUCCUAACAUUUUCAAUUCGGAGCUUUGGAAGAUCAGUGGACACUGGGAGUAUUACCAAGAGGACAUGUUUGUCAUAGAUCUGGAUAAGGAGAAAUGGGGCCUGAAGCCCAUGAAUUGCCCGGCCCAUUUUCUCAUGUUUGCUCACAGUCCCAAGGUAUAUAGUCAGCUGCCAUUGCGUCUCGCCGACUUUGGUGUCCUCCAUCGGAACGAGGCGAGCGGUGCCCUGUCAGGCCUUACUCGCGUCCGUCGUUUCCAGCAAGACGAUUCCCAUAUAUUCUGCCGACUGGACCAGGUCACAAGUGAGAUUUCCGAUUUGUUUGAUUUCCUCUCCGAGAUGUAUGGUCUCCUGGGAUUUACCUUCAAGCUUCAACUAUCUACCCGUCCCGAAAAGUUUAUGGGCCAAAUUGAAACUUGGGAUAAAGCUGAGAGCAUGCUAAAAGAGGCUCUUAACGGGUUUGCGGCUGGUCCCAGUGGUGUGUCUUGGACUCUCAAUGAAGGAGAUGGUGCCUUCUAUGGACCUAAGAUUGAUAUCAAAAUAUUAGACUGUUUGAACCGAGAGUGGCAAUGUGCUACAAUUCAACUUGACUUUAUGGGCCCCGAGAACUUUGGUCUCGAAUAUGUCACAGCUGAGACGCACGCUGCAAAACCCAAGCAGGAUGAGACCGCUACAGAGGAGGCAGGAGCUAAAGCAAGCGAAGUUCAACCGGGUAACGCGGCCCCGGCGAACCCGGGCACAAGUGAGAGUGGAGCGAAACGGGAGAGGGUAAUCAAGCCUUUGAGUCCCGGUUGCGCACGUCCAGUUAUUAUUCAUCGCGCUAUGGCGGGAUCUAUAGAGAGAUUCAUGGGUAUUCUCAUCGAGCACUUUGCAGGAAAGUGGCCUUUCUGGCUGAGCCCGCGUCAAGUGAUGGUUAUCCCAGUCGGAAUGGGCUUCAUGUCAUAUGCACAAGAAGUUAGGGAUAUCCUCAAGAAAGAGAGGAUAUUCGUCGAUAUCGACACUAGCGGAAACACGCUUCCCAAGAAGGUGCGAAGUGCACAGCUAGCACAGUACAACUUUAUAUUCGUUGUCGGAGACGAGGAGAUGAAAGGUCGACAAGUGAAUGUACGAUACCGAGAUGAUACAUCUACCCAGGAUCGGGGUAAGCCUGUGCCUCUAGAUGAGGUGAUCGAGAAGUUACGAGGACUCCAGGCCGACCGAGGCUCAUAUAAUCCCUUCCCAUCAGAGAAACAGGCAAAUAAGAAGGCGGCAUGA